AUGAGUGAACAGCAAGAAAACAAUCCUCCAUCUUCUCCAUGGAAUGCAUCUUUGAAGAUGGAAGCCACGCCUCGAGUUGGGAGUCCAGAUUCAUUGACAGCACGUGUUGAGCUGAGCCAUAGGAAGCCAGUCAACCCCUUCUUGACUCCUUAUGCAUCACAAGAAGUGUCAAGAAGAGCGUCAUCUGCAAACCUGCACCAAACCAAGGUCACACAACGCUACUUUCACUCUAGACGGGUGAAAAAUGGCGAAAUCGAGCGGCCAUGGACCAAAGUCAAGGAUCCGAGGGAGAAAUGGGUUACCAUCAUACCUAUGAUUGGACUCCUGGUCGGGCUUGGGAUUGCUGGCUUUCUCAUCUGGGAUGGUCUUCGUACUGUUGUCAACCACAAAUUUUGCCCUGUAUACCUCGAUGAUUUUUCGAAUGGCAUCGACUUGAACAUCUGGACCAAAGAGGCGGAGGUUGGAGGGUUCGGCAAUGGUCAAUUCGAGCAGACCACGGUUACAGAUGAGAAUGUAUUUGUCAAAGAUGGAAUGCUCCACAUCAAGCCAACCCUUCAAGAUGCCGCAUUGGUGGAAUCAAAUAGCGUGAUCGACUUGACAGCUGAUGGGAUUUGUUCGUCCUCUUUAUGGAGUAAUUGUAUCGCGAGCACCAACGUCACAAAUGGGACAAUUGUCAAUCCUGUCAAGUCUGGUCGCAUCAACACCAAGAAGGGAGCGAAGAUCAAGUAUGGUCGUAUAGAAGUCGAGGCGAAGUUGCCUGAAGGGGAUUGGUUGUGGCCAGCAAUCUGGCUCCUACCCGUUGAUGCCAAGUAUGGCGAAUGGCCACAGUCGGGCGAAAUUGACAUUGUUGAAUCUCGAGGAAACAAUCAUACAUAUCCUUCAGGCGGCGACAACAUUGUCUCAAGUGCACUACACUGGGGCCCCGACGCAGCUAAUGAUGCAUGGUGGCGGACCAAUGUCAAGAGAAAAGCACUGCACACAACCUAUGCCAAAAAAUUCCAUACUUUUGGUCUAGAAUGGUCUGAAAAAUACGUCUUCACCUACAUUGACACCCGCUUACUCCAAGUGCUGUACACCAACUUCAAGGAGCCGCUGUGGCAGCGUGGGAACUUUCCAUUGUCCGAUAGUAAUGGAACUCGACUGGUGGACCCAUGGUCACAAACCGGAAAUGCAGCUACACCAUUUGACCAAGAUUUCUAUCUCAUUUUGAAUGUCGCUGUUGGAGGGACCAAUGGCUGGUUCAUAGAUGGUAAGAACAGCAAGCCGUGGGUCGAUGCAAGCUUGACUGCAAAGCAGGACUUCUGGAAAGCCAAGGACGCAUGGUAUCCAACCUGGAGAAAUCGUGGUGAGAUGGUGGUUAAGAGCGUCAAGAUGUGGCAACAAGCAGGUCACAACGGAUGCGAGUGA